GGCUCCGUGUGUGGUGAGACGAGCGCGGCGGCGGCGGUGCAGGUGCUGUGUCUCAUCGGGGAUGCGGAUGGAAGGACGGGAGAGGGGAGAAGAAGGGACGAAGGGGGGCGAGCGCGCCUGGCAAAAGACGACACCGGAUGCGAGAAGUCGCUAAAAAAAAAGGAGGAGGAGGAGAGAGGAGAUAUAGAUCAGGAGGCGCAAGGUCGAAUAUGAGCCAUCGUGGUCGAACGAACGGGGCACUUUGCGUGGCGAUAGCUGGCUGGCAAUAGUACUAUGAUUUGGUAUGUGGCCACUCUGAUAGCAAGUGUAUUCAGCACCAGAGGAACGGCCGCUCAAGGUGCCCACGGAGUGAGAGAGGAGCCUCGGUUUGUGACGGCGCGCGCCGGUGAGAGCGUGAUCCUGGGGUGCGACGUGUCCCCUCCCCUGGAUGGCCAGCAACCCCCCUACGUGGUGGAGUGGUUCAAGUUUGGAGUGCCUAUUCCCUUCUUCAUCAACUUCCGCUUCUACCCUCCCCAUGUGGACCCAGAAUACACAGGUCGAGCCUCUCUUCACGGGAAGGCCUCCCUCCAGAUCGAUCCGGUACGCUCGGAGGACCAGGGCUGGUACGAGUGCAGGGUCCUGAUGCUGGAGAAACAGUAUGACACUUUCCACAACGGCAGCUGGGUGCACCUCACGGUCAACGCUCCGCCAACAUUUACAUCGACACCACCACAAUAUGUGGAGGCGAAGGAAGGGGGCAGCAUCCUACUCAGCUGUUCUGCCCAGGGAAACCCCAAACCUGUCAUCAGCUGGCUGAGGGAGGGAGAGGAGCUGGCCACCAAUGCUAAAUAUUCUGUACACGAUGGAAGCCUAACCAUCCUCGGCAUCACCCGCGACGACAGGGGGGCGUACACGUGCAGAGCCUACAGUGACCAAGGGGAGGUGCUGCACACCACCCGUCUACUCGUGCAAGGGCCUCCGUUCAUUGUCUCCCCGCCAGAAAACAUCACCGUCAACAUAUCCCAGAAUGCACUGUUCACCUGCCAAGCCGAGGCGUAUCCUGGAAACCUGACGUACACCUGGUUCUGGGAGGAGGAUAAUGUCUACUUCAAGAAUGACCUGAAGCUGCGAGUGCGCAUCCUAAUCGACGGCACCCUCAUCAUCUUCCGAGUCAAGCCGGAGGACGCCGGGAAAUACACAUGCAGCCCGAGCAACAGCCUGGGCAUCUCGCCAUCGGCGUCAGCCUACCUGACUGUUCAGUACCCGGCCCGGGUGAUCAACAUGCCCCCAGUCAUCUAUGUCCCCCGCAAACUGCCGGGCACCAUCCGCUGCCCAGCCGACGCCAACCCACCCGUGACGUCGGUAAAGUGGGAGAAAGAUGGCUACCCUCUGAGAGUGGAGAAGUACCCCGGUUGGAGCCUGACGUCGGACGGGAGUAUUCGAGUAGCCGAGGCCACAGAAGACUCCCUGGGCACGUACACCUGUGUGCCUUACAACGCCCUGGGUACCAUGGGCAUGUCCCCCCCUGCCACUCUGGUGCUAAAGGAUCCCCCUUACUUUAAUGUGAGGCCUGGGGGGGAGUACCGACAGGAGGCUGGCAGAGAGUUAGUCAUCCCGUGUGCUGCUUCUGGAGACCCCGAUAUUCCUAGCAUCACUUGGAGAAAGGUCGGGAAGCCGAGCCGGAGCAAGCACAACAUCCUCCCCAGCGGCAGCUUACAGUUCGUGUCGCUCAGCAAGGAGGACCACGGAGAGUGGGAGUGCGUUGCUACCAACGUGGUCACGAGCAUCACUGCCAGCACCAGGAUCCUGGUCAUUGGCACCAGCCCACACGCUCCCGGCAACAUCCAUGUUGUGCCCUCGACCACCUCCGCUAAUGUGUCCUGGGAAGUGGGCUACGACGGCGGCUUCGAGCAGACUUUUUCCGUGUGGUAUGGUCCAGUGUCAAAGAGAGUGGACUUCGGUCCUCACGACUGGCAUUCGAUGCCAGUUUCUGGUGCUCAGACGUGGUUGCUGGUGCCAGGGCUGGAGCCUGGGACAGAGUACCAGUUCAGUGUGCUGGCACAGAACAAGCUGGGCACAGGCCCAUUCAGUGAAGUUGUGACAGUCAACACUGCAGGCUCUCCCCUGGGUACCCCAGAACCACUGGUGCUUCUUACCCCACCACGGUGCCUCACCGCCAACCGCACACAGCACGGUGUCCUCCUCACCUGGCUCCCCCCGGGCAACCACUCCUCCCCCAUCAGCCGCUACAUCCUGGAGUUCCGGCUCGGGGAACGAUGGGAGACGCUGGACGACUUGAUCCCGUCCACCGAGACCGAAUUUGUUGCCAGAGAACUGGUUCAGGAGUCAUGGUAUGAGUUUCGAGUGAUGGCAGUCAUGGAAGACCUGAUCAGCGAGAGCAGCAAUGUAGUGGGCGUGUCCAGCACGGACCCCUUCCCGCCAGCAGAGGUGGCUGACGAGGGGCUGGCUCGGCCUGUGGUGGCGGGCGUGGUGGCAACUAUCUGUUUCCUGGCGGCGGCCGUGCUCUUCAGCACUCUGGCGGCGUGCUUCGUCAACAAGCAGCACCGGCGCAAGCUCAAGCGCAAACCUGAUCCUCCCUUGUCCGUGACACACUUCAGGAAGAGCGUGGAAUCCCCGCCUCCUCUCACCCCCUUGCCAGGGGUAGAGCCCUGCUGGGACGAGCCUGCCAGGAGCACUUUCUUGCCCCCGCCCGCCAGCCCCCUGUUGUCAUCAGGGAAAAUAAGCCCGGAGAGCUCCCCACCAUCUCGGCCACGCUCCAUUUCUUCUGAGGGCUCCCAUGGUCCCGGGUUGUACGUCAGGAAGCUACCCAGCCCCCAGCGGGACAAGGACAAGGAGCUCUCCUUCUACAAGAAAACCAAGCGUGCCAUAGCCAGCAAGAAGUACAGCGUGUCCAAGCACGAAGCUGAAGUCACCACGCCCAUUGAGCUGAUAUCCCGUGGCCCAGAUGGCCGCUUUGUCAUGGAAACCAGCCCGCCACAUCGCCGCAUCCAGGGCUUCCCUUUCGCUGAGGAGUCCGAUCUGUACCCCGAGUUCCGACAGUCCGACGAGGAGAACGAUUUCGACCCCGGGCCUCUUCCGCCCAUCAUGCCCACGCUACGACCCCAGAUCUCCCCGACAUCCUCCAGCCUGGAGUCCACGCAGCCCCCCACCUACAGCCCCCACCUGCACAGGGCCAUGGAAGGUAUGAGCUUUGCAGAGGGCAGCGCACUUCAUGCCUCAGGGCAGGCACCAUCCGCCCGCUACAGGGGCUUCCCCCAAGGCCCCUUCUAUGGGUAUCUAGGCAGCCGCGUUGAAUCAGGGAUUCCACCACCAUUCUACAUGCCUGACAUCAGCCCGCAUAGCUCCGCUCUGUCCUCCCCACCGGGCACCGCUGAGGGGCCCUUUGGCUACCCCUCCAUUCCUGAGGAGAGCGGAGAGAUGGAGCACCAUCAGUACACUGCCUCCGGUCAUUCUCUGUCUCACACUCACAGCCCUCCGCCUCGCUCACCUGAUAGCUGGCAGCCUCAUGCGUUACCCUUCCUGGGUCUGGAGGGUCCCCGCUUCAUGUUCCCACCUCACCAUCCUUUACAUCAUCCUCCGGACAUGUCCGACCCACCCUCGUACCCCUCUCACUCCCUCCCGCCCGGUCGCCUCCACCUCCCUCCCCUAACGGAUCCGACAAGCCCGAGACUCCUGCAGCUGGAGGUGCCUGUGGCUCCCCCAAGCAGAGACAGGCCUCCGGUUAGGCGUUUAGCUAUGCAACAGGCCCAAAGUCUCGGCCAGCUCAGACACACGGCCCACGGAGUGGGCGUACCAGUGUUGCCUUACCCUGACCCGGCAGCCCGUGCAGGGAGCCCAAGCACAGCCCCAAGUAGUAGUCCCCAGUCCUGGCUCAGCCCGAGAGCGGGGCGGCGAGCAGACCCCAGCCUGCCCCCGUUAGUACUCCAACCGUCCCGCCUGUCCCCUCUCUCCCAAAGCCCCCUUAGCACCCAGCCGGGCUCUCCAGAUAUUCUCGUGCGUCCACCUCCGCGUCCCGGCAUCCUCCGCACCUCUAGGUCUCUGGAGAUGCCAGAGCUCACCCUGCAGCCCUCGGCCAGCUUCUCCAGGAGGUCCUCCCUGACCACCUCCCCCACUCUGAGUCAGGCCGGCAAGCAGUCCGGCCACGGUUACCCUGCCGCACACAUGUCCUACGCCUCCACGGCAGCCAGUUACCCUUCGCAGUCCCCCUCUCCCCCGCCGGAGGGCAGGGAUGUUUUCGGUCAAAGGCCGUCCCAGAGAAGGACAGAGGAGGAGAUGCUACCCUCAGAGCCCUCCCAGCUCCAGAGAUCAGCCUCAGGGGACCCUCUAGGUGGGGCUGGUGAUGCCGCUGCUGGGUCUGAUAGUUUACCAGCACUGCUGCACCACUGUAUCACUAAAGCCAAAGGAGUGGCUACCAACAACAAUAACAACGCGACCUCCGUGAGGAGAAACGGUGCGGCCCCCUCUCAGACCCGGCAGCCAUGUCACACACCCCACCAGGACGAGGUGCUCACCAGAAUGAGGAAAAGGCAACCCAAGAACAACCCCUAUCUCUAUUUGACCUCCUUGCUGCAUCGCAGGCGCUCCGAGGACGACCAGACAGGCAUCCUCACCGGCGCUGACUUGGAGGGCCCCAAUUACGGGACCCUCCGCUGACCCGAGGGGUCAAGCCAUUGAACUCGACUUUAGGCCACCUCCGCCUGCCGUGCUCCACCCCUACCAAACCCCUGAUCUUAGUAUCCAGCUGAUAGCUUUCUUAUCAUCUCUAGAGCUGAUAAUGGGGGUUUAAUGGAGGCAUCGACGUGAGUACAUGAACAAUCGGUUUGGCUUCCCUCCAUCUCACUUGAAAAGAUAUAUAAUGUAUAUAAAUAGUAAAAGCAAGGGAGUGAAGUUCUGUUCUACAGUAAUAGACUUUUUUUUUUUCACUCACGCGGGAGGGGGUGGGCGGGGGGUCCAUAUGUUUUUCCAGUGAUACAGUGUACUGUUAUGCCCGGUGCGUCCACUCACCGACUUUUCCUACAAUACAAAUAGUGUCAGUAUAUAAACACAGGGUUCUUACCACCAAAUAUACCUCAGAGUAAACGCAGAGUUUCUGUAAUUCUUGUGGUAUACUGUACGUACUUGACCUUUUUACAUAUGGAGAAAAAAAAAAAGACUAAGGUUUGGAUCACGUGAUGAGCUUGUUUUUUUUGUUGUUUUUUUUUCCCCUUUACACGUUAGCUGACGUUUGGUUCUCGCUAUUAGCUUGUGUUCAUUUAGCGGUACUAUCCACUGAGACUGUGUCUUAAUGUGUCGAUGUUAAGAUGUCUGACUCGCCUGGCGGUGGGUGGAUCUCAGACGAACAGGGUGUUCAAUCGUAAAAUGUUGCGUAGGAUGACGUUGACUUAUGACGCGUGUGGCACAUCUGGAGGUGCCUUUUUUUGCCUUUGCGCUUGUAUUUUUUCUAGCUUGAACUUGCCUUUUCUGUUGCCUUCUCAAAUUAGUGUCAUUGGAGAGGACGCUAAAUAUACUGUUCUUCUGUUUUACCAGAGAAGAAGCAACUCCUGUUUUGUUUGUUGGCUUUUUAUAGUUUCAGCCGUGCAUUAAUGAGUUAAUAUGAAACACACAGGGCUGUGAAAAGGGGGGGGGGGCAAAUAAAUCAAUAAAUAAAAGUUCAUGCAGAUGGAAUAAAGGUGCUGCAUGUUAAAUAGGAACUUAGCAAGCAUACAAUGCCUCAUAAAGCUGGAAAGUGCUAAAAGCAAUGAAUACAAUACAGCGGACCCUCAGGAGUCGAAGGCAGUUGAAAUGUCUUCAGUUAUUACAGCAUUAAAGUUGUUGUUACAGUUAUUUUCCCCGUAAGCAAUGAUUAAAAUGACAGUGGACAACUCCAACCUCCACAUCAAUAUUUUCAGUACCUGAAUUCCCACAAAUAGUCCUACUUUUUUCUAAUAGAAGCCAUCCAUCAAAUACUCAACUUGUCUGACACCAACUUGAAUUUAAAAAAAAAAAAACCACCGCGUUCCAAAUAUCCAAUCAGCAAAUAAAAGUGUAAUAACCAUAAUUGACUUAAUGCACGGAUGCUGCUGUUCACACACACAAACAAGCUGUGUCCUUUGCGAGCCAGAACAGCAGCACCUACCAAGGCACUCUGAUAGAAGGAGUGCCUAAAAUACUUAUCGGCUUAUGGCUUAUUGCAAAUAUCCUCCCCAAAAACAAGUUUCAACUAAUUAUUCGAGCCCAUAGACAUGACGUUAUUGUUCACGCACAAUCAAGACUUCAUUCGAAUUUCAUAUUGGCGUCUGAAGUGACAAGCAGGAUUCCUGUGGAAGCUGAACUGUGGUCACUCAACAAGCUUGUGUGCGUCCAUUUUUAUGCCCCUGUAAAUAUGUUAGUAAUAAUAGAAAAAAGCUGGAUUGUGGUUGGCUAGUAGCUAAUGUUAGCAGUUGACUCCAUCGCCUGAACUUCACUGUCUCAUCAGCCUCACAAUCUUCAUUAUGGUCCCUCUGGUGAUAUAUGAUAUGACAAUGAUUGAAGUCAAUUUUUAAGACAUUUUUUUCCCCCAAAAUUGUGUUUGAAUUCCACAUUGAAUAACCUUUGCGUUCAGAUUUUGAAGCAUUGCUUAAAUCCUUUCUAGGGGUCAAACUAUUCGCCAUCAUUAAUUGUCUAAUAUUUAGAAUAUUAAGUCACCGAAUGAAACAUGAUUAUUUGUGUAGCAUUACGCCAAAAAUUCCAGUUGUGAGCCUUGUUUUCUUUGGUCACAGUUCGUUACACAUUGCGUACAGUAAGGAAACAAAAUGCCAAAUUAAGCAAAUGUCUUGGAUAAGUAGGAACAAAUUCAGUUCAGGAAAAACAAACUCCUACGAGUAGAUUCUUAGAGAGGAAAAUAUUAUUAAAUUAAUCUAUAUAAUACAAUAAAAGUAAAUGUUGACAAAUGUAUAGGAGGUAAAAUAUUUUCUUUUUAGGACGGUGCAACCUGAAUUUAUUCUUCUUUUUUAGGAAAUGAAUAAUGCAGACAUGGUAUAUAAACAAGUGGAAUUCUUAUCAAUCUGGCCUCUGGAAUUUACAUUCAUACCAUGAUUUUUUUUCUUUUUUUUUUUAAGUCCACGCUGCACUGUUAUUCACUUUGAUGCAAUCCAAUUCGAAAUGAUUGAACAAUUAGUUCCGACUACAUACCGUUAGCCACGAUGUCCACUACCCAGAGGUUCCGUCGCACUGUAUUUGUGUGGAAGUAGAUGUGUUACUUGAGCGUGAGAAAGUUAGACUUCUUUUCCCUUACCUAAUAUGAUCCCCGUGGGAACUUGGUACAACAAUACCUAAAAGAUUAAUCCAGGUUUUCAGUAUAUUUUUUAUUGCUACAUGUCAAACAAGUUACCAGUAGGUGCAGUAGAAUCUCAGUAAACCAAUAAGACCCAGCAUUCAUGAUAGACACACUCUUAAGGUUGUGCCAUUGAGCAAUUUAUUGAAAGGGGUGUGUUUAAAAAAAAAAAAACAGUCCGCCAUUAACUUUAAAAACUCAAAACCAUUUUUUGUGACUUUUUUGUUUCUAGGAUUUACCACUCCUUUGAAUCACUAAACUAAUAUUGAGUUGUAUGACGACUGUUUUUUUAGAACUGCUUCACAUCUCUGUGGUGUGGAGUCAACCAACUUGUGGCACCAUUCAGCUGUUAUUCCACUGUAAGACUCCUUAACGACAUCCCACAAUUCAUUAAGAUUUCUUGGUUUUGCUUCAGAAACAGCAUUUUUGAUGUCACCCCACACAUUCUCGAUUGGAUUAAGGUCUGGGGCUUGGUCUGGCCACUCCAUGACAUUAACUUUGUUGGUUUGGAACCGAGACUUUGCAUGUUUACGAGUGUGUUUGGGGUCAUUGUCUUGUUGAAGCACCCAUUUCUGGGGCACGUCAUCAUCAUCAUAAGGCAACAUGAUCUCUUCAAGUGUUUUGUUUUGAUGCAAACCGAUCCAUGAGCCCUGGUAUGCGAUAAAUGAGCCCAUCACCAUAGUAGGAGAAACGUGGCCACAUCACGAUGCUUGCACCACCCUGCUUCACUGUCUUCACUGUGUACAGUGGCUUGAAUUCAGAGUUUGGGGGUCGUCUCGGAAACUGUCUGCAUCCACUGGACCCAGAAAGAACAAUUUUACUCUACAAAAUGUUCCCCCAUUUUUCCCUUUAGGCCAGUUGAUGUGUUCUUUGGCAAACUGUAGCUUGUUCUAAACAUGCCAUUUUUGUAAAUAGAUGAGCUUCACCCAGACACGUCUUCUCACUGUCACAGUACUUACAGGAAAUUCCAGACUGUCUUUGAUCAUCCUGGACCUGAUCAUUGGCUGAGCCUUUGCCGUUCUGGUUAUUCUGCAAUCCAUUUUGAUGGUUGUCUACCAUUCUCUACCACGUGUCUCUGGUUUUGCUCUCCACUUUAAGGUAUCAGAGAUCAUUUUGGCUGAACAGUUUAUCAUUUUUUGCACCUCUUCAGAAGGUUUUCCCUCUCAAACCAAACUUUUAAUUAAAGUACGCUGUUCUUCUGAACAAUAUGGUGAACGGCCCACUUUUCUCAGGCUUUCAAGGAGAAAUGCAUGUUCAACACGUGCUUGCUUCAUCCUCAAAUAGGGGCCACCUGAUUCACAACUGUUUUUCCUAAAAUUGAUGACCUCACUGAUUAAAUGCCACACUUCUAUUUUUUUGACACACCCCUUUGAAAAAAUUGCCCAAUUGCAUAGAUUUAAAGGUGUGUAUAUCAUGAAACCUGGGUCUUGUUGGUCUUCUGAGAAUGUACUGCACCUGCAGGUAACUUGUUUGACAUGUAGCAAUAAAAAUAUACAGAAAAUGUGGAUUAAUCUGGUUAGUCUGCUAUUAUUUUGAACACUACUGUCUCGUUAGCCGCCUUUUGAACAUUUGUUUAUUCUUAGUUCUAUCAUCAUUAUUGCUAUUUCUCUCGUGUUCAUGGUUAGCCACAAAAAGGCCAAAAGAAAACGUAAAAUAAUAAUAAUAAUAAUCAACUAGAUUUGACAUCGGUCUGAAUCCCGAGGGUCCACUGUACUGAACCACAACCAACACCACGACUGUUUAACAAGUGUAUAUUACUUUCUAGCUACUGUAUGUUGAUUGAUUUCCGACACUAGCCGAUAAUGAAUGUAUGUUUUUUGCUGUACAGGAAAUGAAUGUCCCGAUGUCGCAAUGCAUUGAAUGAUUGCUGACUUUUUUUUUUUUUUUUUUUUGAAGGUGCGACCUGCACCUAGCCCAAAUUUUCAGUACUGAUAGCCCCCUUUACAAGAUUUUUCUUUGAAAAGAUUAUUCAAUCAUGCAAAUAUGACGCGAAAUUUGAUACAGAUUAGAACGCAAAGGUGUGAUGGCUGGCUGAAAGUGACUGUCCACGCAAAUCGGUACAAGAGACAGUGAUACAAGCAGAACAAAAAAAAAGAUUAUAUUUAUGUACUGUACAUGUAUCGUAUUUGUAAAGAGAAACAGCGUUUUACGGGAAAACCUUCUUGUAAUGAGGAUGUACAAACAUGACGGAAGACGUAGAGAGAAAUUAGAUUAUAUAUCUAUAUAUUACACAAAAGUAUUUGCUUAUAGUACGGCUUUAAGUGGAAACAUUUUAAGGUGCCUCGUUUGUCAUGCUUUUAGCGCACAUGGUUUUACCCCCAGAGGAGUGAACAUAAUAAUGUUAGCAGCGUAUGAUGUAUCGCUUCUGCUUGUAUAUUUUAUCCUGUGAAAAUUUUAAGCUUCACACGCCGACUUCUAUAGCCUCUUUCAUGCAAACAUCCUGCAGAAUUCCUGCAUCAUAGCCGUGACGGUAGGGCUUGGCAAUGUGGCCUCAAAAUAACAUCUCCCCCAAAUUGCCCCACAACCUGAUUACAGAUUUUAAUGCUUCACGUUUUUUCUGGGUUCUUUCAUUUCUCCUGAUACGAAACAUGCUUUUGAACUGUUUUUUUUCCCAGCAAUUAUUUUUUCCCUCAGCAUUGACUUGCAUCACCUUCCAUAGAAAUAAUACAAACACCAAUUCCGAUGAAUUUGGGACAUUGUGCAAAACAUACAUAAAAACAGAAUACAAUGUUUUGCAAAUCCCUCUGAACUGAUAUUUCAUUGAAUACACUACAAAGACAAGAUAUUUGAUUUUCAAACUGACGUACGUUAUUGAGUUGUUUUUUUUUUUUUUUUUUUUUUCAAACACUCUCAUUUUGAAUUUGAUGCCUGUAACACAUUCCCUAGCGAGAACAGGGACAACAAAAGACUGUGAUUUGUUGAAGAAUGCUCAAAAACACUUGUUUGGAACAUUCCACAGGUGAACAGGUUAAUUUAAUAACAUGUCAGUGCGAUGAUUGGGUUGUAGAAGUAGCAUCCCCAAAAGGCUCAGUUGUUCAAUGGAAAAGAUGGGGCAAGGUUUACUACUUUGCAUGACCAAAUAGUCCCAACAGUUUAAGGACGUUUCUCAUCACACAAUUGCUAGGAAUUUAGGGACUUCAUCAUCUACAGUCCAUGAUAUCUUCAAAAGAUAAAAAAAUCAGAGAACCAAGAGAAAACAGUGCAGCACUUCAUCCACAUAUGCAAGUUAAAACUCUACCAUGCAAAGUCAAAACCAUAAAUCAACACAGAAACACACCCGGUUUCUCUGAGACCAUGCUUAUCUGAGAUGGACCGACACAACGGGGAAAAGUGUGCUGUGGUCUGAGGAGUACACAUUUCAAAUUCUUUUGGGAAAUCAUGGAUGUGGAGUCUUACGUGCCAUAGAGGAAAUAGGACCAUCUGGAUUCUUACCAGCGCAAGUACAAAAGCCACCAUCGGUGGCAUGGGUAACUUGGACAUGACUGAAUUCACCAUCAUUCCUGAAAUCUACAUAUCGUACAGGUUUUGGAUGAACACCCGUCGAUAUCCAUAUGCUGCCAUCCAAGCUAAACUUUUUUCAGGGACACCCCUCCAAGAGAAAGCCAAGCUAAAUUCUGCAUGGCUUUGGAGUAAAAAAAAAAAAAAAAAAAUUGAGUACUUGAUUGGCCUGCCAGCAGUCAUGACCUCUCUCCCAUUGAACAACUGAAGUUUACAGGAAGCAAGAAUGGAAAGAAUUCCAUCAAAAAAACUUCAACAAUUUGUGUCGUCAGUUACCAAAAGCUUAUUGUGUUGUUCAAGGGAAGAUGAUACAACACAGUGGUAAACUCUCCCAUCUUUUUAAAACAUGUUGCAGGAAUCAAAUUCAAAAUGAGUGAAUAUUUUGACCCCGAAAAAAGGUUUAUCAGUUUGAACAUUCAAUAUGUUUUUUUUUGUAGUGUAUUCAAUUGACUAGAGAUUGAAAAGGAUUUACAAAUUAUUGCAUUUUACUGUUAUUGACCUUUUACAUGAGAUCUCAACUUCAAUGGCAUUGGGGCUUGUAGACAAAAAAAAAUCUUUAGCUACUGUAAUGUGAAAAUGUGUGUUUCCUCUCACAAUCUGCGUGUCAACAGGUUCCUUAAUACAUUUUAAAUUUUCAACAAUUUAAUACCACAAAAUAAGCCGUCAAACUGCAUGGCUUGGCUGGUGCUUAUGUAAGAGUUCUGCUCUCUCAAGGUCUUUUCUCAAGUAGAAAUGUACACGUGACGCAAGGUGACAAUUGCAAAACAUUUGUGACAAACGCCGAACAUGUCAAAAGUUUCCAAAAUAUCGAUAAAUUAUUGCUUUUGCAACGUAUAAAUGGGAACCGUGUCUUGGCUAACAUUUCAAUGCUAGUGACAACAUGAUUUCCUUACACCGGAUCUUGUUUCUGAGCAGUAUUUCUGGUAUUUCCACCAACCUCUAUUGAGCUACGGCACAUAUUUUUUCGUGAAAAAAAAUUCUCACGGCACACAGCCAAAUAAAAAUGUCACAACAAGUGCAGCAUACUAUACUCUUAUGGAAAUAAUGGCGGUCCUGUCUCAGUUUACUCUAAAAUAUACUCAGUGUGAUAUGUGGGCCUAUCUAGUUGUGUACAAAGCUAUGGUUCUGUUGUAGUAAAAGGCUACUAGGGGAUUACACACGUUACCGGAUUUCUCAUGUAUAAUACGCAUUUUUUUUAAUUAAAAAAAAAAAAGUCAUCUAGAGUCGAUAUAGGUCAAAUAAAAAAAAAACUGUAUAAACAUAUAUCAGUACCUAAGGGUUGUGAAAAAAGUGCACUUUCAUUCCAAUAUGAUAUAUAACAGCUAAUGUUUCAAACAUGUAUACCAGGGUAAAUUUCCAUUGCUUACCCGAGAUCGUGAGGUUUUUGUCGGCGUUGUAAUAUCUUAUACGUCUUGCCGCAGCGCCUGUCCAUUGAUGGCAUGGGAUUUUAGCAUCUCUACAAGGCGGCAGAUUUAUUUCGUGUACCACCACUUCACGGGAGCAGAUCUCCUAAGUUAAAAAAAAUAAAUUUAAAAAUCGAGAGGAAAAGGAUGCUUUUAAGAAGAAAAUGAGCACUUUUGCGGCUCAGCAGUUCUUCAUAAGCAAAGUUAAUGAAAAAUUAUGGAGGAAAUGCAAAGAAAAGCUCCCACCUGGUAAAGCUGUACUCUUUUCAACAGUGUUAUUCCAAUUUUGUACUUACCGCAUCAGUGAGCGUUCACUGUCUCCAUUUCUUGCUAAUGUAAGAAUUUGAGUAGAAAUGCAUGGUGAGGAAGUGACAUAAAUAUGUACCAGACCAUGUACACAGAGCAGAACAAUUUUUAGAAAUACCAAAUAUGGAUAUACUACUUACUUAAUACUUGAUGUUUCGAGCAUGGAUACCAGCAAAUCCAUGGUAUGUAUUUUACAUGGGUAGAAGGGAAUUCCUGAAUUUUUUUUUUUUUUUUUUGGGGUGGGGGUGUAUUAUACCCGAGAGCAUCUUAUACACGAGAAAUUAUGGCAAUUAUACCUUCUGCCAUCUAGUGGAAGUGCUUUUCAUUAUUCAGCCAGUUAAUGUACAUCAAUCGUAUUGAUAGAUGAACAAAGAUUUUUUUGUUUUAAUAGUCCUGAUAAGUGAAUACAUUCAGAUACACCAAAGCCCCACAUGACAGUGGAUGAGCAUAAUAUUUGUUUAAAACAAACACACAAAAAACUUGUAUGACCACACGACAGCUUUCUACACAACAAGGUGAGAGAAGCACGUGGUUCUGGAAGACCCUUAGACACAGGUGGCGCGACAGCUCAGUUACGGCUCCGAUACUACCGCCGAAGCCAACCAAUCGCCAGGUUGUCUCCAUUUAUAGAAACAGUGUAAAACAAAAAGGGGGAUGGGGGGUGGAUUUGAGGACCCGACCAGCCAUUUAAAGCUACCAAACAAAUGUUAGCUCCCGGGCUGAAGCCUUGUGCAUUACGUAGCGUUUACAAGCAUGCUAGCGGCUUCUCGGCGUUAUGACUUGGUGCUACAUUCAAAUCUGUGGUGCUGUAGAGUAGAAAAUACAACCUCUUCAUUGAUUUUUUUUUUUCGGUGGGGGAGGGGGGGCAGCUAAAUCUAGAGCCGUCUCUCUUAUCAUGGCCGUGUUGACUACAUUGGUGGUGAUAGACCAUACUGGAAUAAAUAGUUGUGUACUCUAAGGUAAGCUUGGAAAAAAAAACUACAUUUGUGAUUACCUGCUUCCAUAGCAUGUAUGUAUGUGUGUGGGUGUGUCUGUCUGUGCUUCCAAGGUACCCUCUCGAAAAAAGUACUGCUGAUAUUUGAGUGUGAACUCCGCCUAAAUGAGGGGAAUCGCCUGUAGGGCCACCAUCUUGAUUGUUUCUUUUUUUUUAGUCAUAAGAACACUGCAGGUUUGUCUCCACCGUCACAUGGAACGUUUUCACACUGACGUCACACCAGUUCCUCACUCCCGCAAACUUUUCAUUGAAAUUGUAUGUAUCCGAAGUACUGGUGGUAUUGGUACUCGGUAUCAGUGAGUACUUCAGAGUGAAUGAUUGAAAAUCCCUAAAAAAAAUAGCAAUUGCGAUAUCAGGCUAGCAUUACGCACUGCAGUUAGGGGACAAGAAGUAUCAUUCCAAACAUUUGAAGGGGUGCGACCUCUUCGACGAGCCAAAAGAGGCGAUGGGCCCCCUCUCGUUGGUCGGACGUUCCCUUUGAUCAUCAGCUGGAAGUAAAGGCAACUCCAUGAGUUGCAGUGGUGUGACGUCAUGGUGCAAAAGGUCGAAUAUUCCUUGGAGGAUUGUACAGGUUAGCCACGUUUUUACACGGAAAGCUUACACAUCCCUUAAUUUUAGGAACGGAUGUUGUCUUCCGAGAUCAUUUUUUCCCCCUUGCUUUCUGGAAAAGAAAAAAGAAAAUGAAUCAAUAAAUAUGAAUAAAAAACAUACAGUUUUAAAGAGGGCUGCUUUGGACGUACUGUUAGCUUGUUUUUUUUUGUUUGUUUUUUGGGGGGGGUCACAGCUUUUCUGCUUUACAAGCUCCUGUCGGGGUGAUACUUUAAUAUUUCUUUUUACUGUAUUAAUCCUGCAUGUAGAGAGAAUACAAACUUUUAGCGGUCAUUCACAUCUGAGCUGGUUUUUAAUGGACAGAAACCUAGAGUAAUAUGUAGUAUUUUCUAUAUUCUCAUUUUUUUUUCAUGUGUACCAGCACUGAGGAACUAGAAUGUGUUAUUAUUAUUAUUACUAUUAUUAUUGUAGGCUACAAUACAAAAAGCACUACAUUGUUAAAUGUUUUAGCGUAAAAUUUGCUCAUAAUCAAGCAAGCAAGCCACGUAGAGGUUGAAAGAAAAGAAAAUGUACUUUUUUCGGUUCUCCAUCCAUCCCCCGACUCUGCGCUGUACAUCACAUGUUUACAUUCUGUGUUUGGGUGCAAAAUUCACAUUUGUAAAUAUCUCAGCGCAACUACAUUUGACUCUUUUGUUGUUCCGUCCCGUCGUCGGGUUUAACAUGGACACGUUGUGAGCAAUUAACUCAUACUGUAUGGUGCUGUACCAAAGCCUUAUGUACGAUAUUUAUAUUACUUUUCUCAUCGCUGUCAAGUGGCAUCUGUAAAGACAUUUUUUUGUGUGUGUGUGUGUGUGUGUGUG